CUAACCCCGGCGCUGGAGCUGCUUUGACGCCGGCUGCAACAACCGUUCUCCUCUCGUAGCAGCAUGGUUGGUCCGGCUCCGGCCAUUUGCACCUGGGCCUCCUGCGGGCCUUUCAACUUCCUGAGAACCUUUCGGGUCCGGUGGUCGGAGAUCUCGCGAGUGCUCCCGACCUCUAUUCUUUCGCGAGAUCACCUCUCCUCCUCCGUGUUGUCUCCUGGGCAACUGCAGAGAUCUCGCGAGCUUCUCUUCUCCGACGCGGAGGCUCACUGAGGUCUAUGGCGCCGAUGUCUUAACAUAUCGCGAGUUUUACCUCUUUGGCUUCAGACAUAGCCUUUUAGGGACCCUGGAAUUUAGCGAGAAUACCUUUUUCCGUAAUACAACUCCAUCCUACCCUCCCUUGUUUUUUCUGCCUUGCGCGACAGUCAGUCCUAAAUAUCCCUUGUAGCCCAGACCGCUCUUUCGCCCGGAACUCUCGAGCACGCAGCCCGAUCCCUUGAAAGCCAGAUUCGGACUACGUUUCCCGUGAGCACUCACAGCCCACGCCCCGCCCCCUACCCGCUCAGGGUUUGAUCUCUGUGGACGGUGGCCGGAGAGAGACAAUGGUUUCCAUGUCAGCGGAUAAACGCGCUCACCAGGGGGAAAAGAGGUAGUGAGGGAGAGCGUACUGAGGAGCGACGAAGCAACCGGAGAUGCUGGUGGCCGAUAGUGCAAGAGCCAGGCCGCGCCGCGGCCUCGUGGCCGGGCCCGACUUUGAGUUUUUCCUGCGUCGCUAUUUCACGCCAGCGGAGGUGGCCCAACAUAACCGGCCGGAAGACCUCUGGGUGUCUUACCUGGGAUCUGUGUACGACCUGACGCGGUUGGCUCAGGAGUACAAGGGAGACCUGCUGCUAAAACCCAUCAUAGAAGUCGCGGGCCAGGACAUCAGCCACUGGUUCGAUCCGAAGACCAGAGAUAUCCGCAAGCACGUGGACCCGCUGACCGGCACCCUGAGAUACCGCACCCCCUGGGGCCGCUUUCUGCACGUCCCGCCGCAGCUGCCCCGUUCCGAUUGGGCCAAUGAUUUCGGGAAGCCCUGGUGGCAGGGGUCGCGUUAUCACGUGGGGCGGCUGGCCGCUAAGACCCGGACCAUCCGCAUCGUUAACACGCUCACAUCGCAGGAGCACACACUGGAGUUAAAGCGACGUGCUUUCGAGAACCCGAGCCAAGCAGCUGUCCUAGCGCCGGCCCGGGGCCUGUGCCUCCGGGAGGGGCCCACAGCCGCCCCUCUUCUCCAGCCUCCUGCCUCGGUGUCUCCUGCCAGAAACCCCCUCUCCUCACCCAGUCACUCUCCAGGUCACUCCCAGCUCCUGAAUGUCCCCGCAACCCGUCCUGUCGCCCCGCACCGCAGUCUGGGUGAGCUCUGGGGACCAAACCAAGGCCUCUGACUGUCCUCCUUCAGAUUCUUCAGUGGCUUCCGGUUGCUUUGGGAAUAAAGCCCUCUAAGUCCAAAGACGCUGUGUAAACCGGCCUCUGCCCACCUUGCACGUCUCACCUUGGUUCCCUGUCGUUCCCGGGGUGUCUCCCAGUCCAUAAGAUGUCUGCCUGCCCCAGGGCCCUCGCACAUACUGUUCCCUCUGCCUGCACACCCAUCUCCCACCUAGCUGAAUCCCGAAUGGGUCUUCCUCGGGACAGUGUCUCUGAUUUCUUGGUGUUGAACGCGAGACUCCCUGUUAGAUCAUUUCUUAGAAGCACAUACAUUUGAGUACUUCUUACAAUUUAAACUUUUAAAAUCAUGGAUGUAGUUGGCCGGCUGGCAGCUAGAGAGUAGAGACCACGGAUGUCCAUCCUGUUAACCGCCGUGUUCCCAGUGCUGGACACACAGUCGCUGCCCAAUAAAUUUUGAUGCAAUGACCUCAAA